UAGUUGACCCGGAUGUUGAUACGAUUUGUAUUUUUGUCCUUACCAUAAAGAGUCCUUAGUUGUUAGCUUUUAUGAUCUGGCAGUCUAACUAGUGAUGUAAGAAAAAUAAACAAAUGUCUAAGAAACAGCGGAGGGAUCUUUAGGUUGUAGUUUCUCCUACAACAUCGCUGCGCUGGCCCUUUAAGAAAGCCGGGGAUGAAAGAGGUAGUCAGAACGCCGCAUCUUUCUUCAGUCACAAUGCAAUUUUAGGGGUUUUAGUAUAUAUUUUUUUCGUUUAAUCCCAAUUAAAUCCGGAAGCGUGCAUGCAUUGCUUCUGAUAGCAGAACAAGCUUAUACCAUAAACAUGUCUGAACAAGCAUAUCAGUCACCAGCUACUCCUGACAGAAGCCUGAACACACCAGAACCACUGAGGACGGGCUCCUGGAAGACACCCAUACAAAUCCUGUAUGAAUAUGGAGUCGUUAGUGGUGAUCUCCCCGUGUUUGUGAUGGAGAAUGCAGAAGGAGAGGCUCAUCAGCCCAGCUUCGUCUUCAGCGUGACAAUAGGAGGCAUUAAAUGUACAGGUCAGGGAUCCAGUAAAAAGGCAGCUAAGCAGCAGGCCGCAGAGGCCGCACUGAAAAUUUUGAACAUUGACUCUGAAAGUGGGGCCGUUCCUGGGAGGUCCAACACUAAUGGCAUCGUAGCAGAACCAAACAACCCUGUGGGCCUGCUGCAGGCCCUGGCGUUGCAGAGAAGAUGGCGUGUUCCUGAGUACAUUAUUUUAACAGAGUGCGGGCCGCCACACCGAAAAGAGUUCACAAUAAUCUGUAGACUGGAGUCGCUCACAGAACAGGGAGUUGGAAACACCAAAAAAGCAGCAAAAAAGGAAGCAGCAGAGAAAAUGGUGGCGAAGCUUCAGAGUUUAUCGGGAUCCUCUGAGAUCACAUGGACCCCUAAUUCGACCGUUUGCUUUGAGAACAUCAGAAACUCCACAGCAGAGAAGAUCUCUCUACUCAGGAGAAACCCUCUGAGCAUUCCCAACACUGACUACAUUCAGAUGCUGCUAGAUCUCUCCAAAGAGCAAGGCUUUGAGGUCACAUACUUUGACAUAGAUGAGCUGACGGUGAACGGUCAGUACCAGUGCCUGGCAGAGCUGUCCACCUCCCCCGUCACCGUGUGCCACGGCACCGGCAUCUCCUGCAGCAACGCCCACAACGACGCAGCGCACAGCGCCCUCCAGUACAUGAAGAUCAUGGCUUCCAGCAAAUGAAAAUCCCACCUGCAGCACUUGAUUCUCUACCUGACACCAUCAUCUGUACUCGUCUGUGUCACAGAGCAGCUCCACUUGAUUUCUGCUGAUUUUAUUGGAACUGAUGAGAUGAAAAGAUCUAAAACUUUUAGCAUAAGCAGGCUUAUCAUUGUGCUUUUAAGAGGCUUCAGCUAUCCAGAAUAUUUAAGCAAAUGUUAAGUAAGAGCAAUGAAUUCGCAGUUUAACUUACA